AUGACGAGCACUAUCGGUAUCCCUAUCAAGCUCCUCAACGAGGCAGCAGGUCACAUUGUCACGCUUGAGAUCACAUCGGGUGAAGUCUACCGUGGCAAGCUAAUCGAAGCCGAGGACAACAUGAACGUACAGCUGAAGGACAUCACUGUCACCGCUCGCGACGGUCGCGUCUCACAUCUCGAACAAGUGUACAUCAGGGGAAGCCACGUGCGGUACUUCAUUGUUCCCGACAUGUUGAGGAACGCCCCCAUGUUCCGAUCGAGAGGCACAAGGGGUCGCGGUGUCGGUCUUGCGCGUGGUCGGGCAACAGUCAACAGGGCAAGGGCUAGCACUCGUGGCGGCGGUGGUCGUUGA